AUCACUGAUUUAUUACAUAUGAAUAUGAUGACCUCAAGUCAUCACAGAUUUAUUACAUAUGAAUAUGAUGACCUCAAGUCAUCACUGAUUUAUUCUGUCAAAUAUGAAUAUGAUGACCUCAAGUCAUCACUGAUUUAUUCUGUUACGUUACAUAUGAAUAUGAUGACCUCAAGUCAUCACUGAUUUAUUCUGUUACAUUACAUAUGAAUAUAAUGACCUCAAAUCAUCACUGUUUUAUUGUCACAUGAAUAUGAUGACCAUAUGAAUGUUGAUGUAUUAUUACUGUUUUAAAUCUGUUUAGAAGAAGUUACAGUAAACAUUGCAUUGUUUUCUUGAGAUUAUCAUGGAUUUUAACUUUACAUUAUUAAUGUUUUAAUCUAAUUGUUUGUGUCCUUUUGCUUUUUAGAUUUCAAAAUUAGAGAUGGAGGAAUUCAUAAAAACAACGGUCUACAAAGAGGAGCGCUUUAAAAGAAACAAAAAAGAGACUGAUAUAACUGUGAUUUUAUUCAGCAAAGACUCACUACCAUAAACACCACCAAAGAUGCCAACUUCAGGACUGUGAAUUCUGCAAGUCUGCAAAAUCAAAAAAAUUGAUAUUUCUUGCUUUCAUGCAAACGGUCUGGAGCAUGCAGGCAACAAAGUCGACGUGCCAAAGGAUGCAAGGCCUAUGUUUCCUUUAAAAAGAGGACAGACUGGCUCAACAAACUGGUUAUAGUCGAAAGGCUUUACACCAUUCAUUCAGGACAUGACCCAUCAAGUUCUUCUGAGGGCCACUUAGAAAACAUUAGUCAAGAGCUAGUCAAGCAUAUUCAGGAUUUAAUAUCUCUUGGUGUUAAACCAGAUACAAUUCUCCUAAAAUCACGUGAGUGGUCAAAAGAACAAGGACAUACUGAUCUCAACAACCGAGCUUAUUUUGUUACCCCAAAAGACAUUGAAAAUAUUCGGACAUGUAUGAUUCGAAAAAAUCAGCAACACAAAGAUGAUGCCACUAGUACCUCACGCCUUCUGGAGGGUUUUAAAGACUUUUUUAUUUUUUAUCAGCCUAAUAGUCCUCAAACUGAAAAACCAUCCAUGAAAGACAACCUUCAAGAAUACGGAAGAUAUAUUGUUUUUAUGGAUGCGACACAUGGUGUCAACCAGUAUGGUUUUCCUUUAUUUACAUUACUUGUCAGGGACAGUCAUGGUCAUGGAAUUCCUGUUGCCUAUAUCAUCUAGGGGAAUGAAAAGCAGGACACACUUCAGUUGGCACUGAAAGAGCUGAAACCAACAUUUUCUGUAUCUCCGAGCUGCUUUAUGGUUGAUAAAGACCAGGCUGAAAUCAAUUCCAUCUGUAAGGUAUUCAGCGAGUCAGACGUUCUCCUUUGUUGGUACCAUGUAACACAAGCAGUAACUCGUUGGCUGUCAAGAUCUGAAUCUGGUGUGAGUGGACCUGAAAAGGCAGAUUCAAGAGUGCACAUCAUGCAGUUUAUGUCAGAGCUGAAAUCCUGUUCAACGGAACAUGAAUUUAAGAAAAAAUCUGAGAUGUUUCACUGCCAGUUUAAGAACUUAAAAGAUAUCUGCAAGUACUUCAGGAACCACUGGGAGACAAUUAGUCAUCUGUGGUCUAACUUUGGAAGAUGCUAUAAGCAUGGAGACUCUGACACAAACAAUCUAUAGAACGUUUCUUCCACCGUUUAAAAUACCAAUUCCUCUGUGGCAUCCGAAAUCGUAGAUUGGAUCAUUUGAUUGCUGUGCUGCUGAACAAGACUGACAAGUACUUCAGUAUAAUACAGGAUUUACAGUCUGUUGGGAGGGUCAAUAACCCUCUGGAAUGCAAAAUGGAAGAAAUAAAGCAAUCUGCUGAGAGGAUGCUAGAGAAUGGAUGGGCCAUGAAAAUUACCAUAGCUUCAGAAACAUAUGUAUACAAUGUUCCAUCUGAGAAUAAUCCACAUGUAGUUUACUGUGUGUGUCCUGCAGAACAGUUCUGCAGUUGUGAAGCUGGUAAAAGGGCACAUACGUGUAAGCAUCUCUUUGUAUUGAGUCUUCUCAUUUUGUAGUGGUCCUGAGACUUUUCCAGACAUGGACACAACUGCAGGCCCAUGCCAAUAACUUGAUUCUGAGAAAUAAGUAUAGCAUUUCUGCAAAGCCUCAAAAAACAAUAGAGGUUGAAAGCCUAUUUGGAAGAGCAGCAUCAAAACCAUGUAUUGUGACAAGUAUAUGUGACUGCUGUACUUUCUCAUACCAUAAAAAUGUGCUUGUCUACUGCUUGCGAAGGGACUUUUCAGUGAGGUGAUUGUGACAAAAUCAAAAAGUUCUAUGAACAAUUCAGUAGAGUCGAUACAAAAUGAAAUUGAGGAUAAAAGUGCAUAUGAAGAUAUGCGUCGUACAACUAUCAGGAAACUGGAAAGCGUACUGAAAAUUCUACAGACAUGGGAGAAAAUUCCUGAGGAUAUUGCCCAUAAAGUGAAUGAACUAGAAGUGCAAACAAAAGAAGAAAGUAUAAACAUUAAAGGAUUUUGGAAGACUUUGUGAUGCGGACAUGUCACGUAAAAUAUGUCCACUGUUUGCAACAAGAAAAAGAAAGACAGACAGAGAAACAAACUCAAAAACAAGGACAUAUGUCACAUCAAGUUUUCCUGUUAAGUCAAGAAGAAAACGCAGAGCAAACAGUGGGCCAAAAAAAAUUAUUCAAAUAAGGUUUAAAAGAAAUGUUUUCUUCAAGUGCAUAUUUUUGCCAUUUUAUCAAACUUUCUAUUUGUUAUCUAAUACAUCUCUUUAGUCCUUCAGUAAUCCAACAAAUAUUUACUAUAAAACAACUGACCAC